AUGGAUGAUCGAUCGUGGAUGUAUCGUCGUCUUAUGGAUGGUCGCCUUCGUCCUGAAUACAUUAUUGGUGUUAGAAGAUUUAUCAAUUUUGCAUUUUCAAUUCAUAAAAGAAAAAUUAGAUGUCCUUGUGUGAGGUGCAAAAAUCAAAAGUUUUUAAAGGAAGAUGAUGUUUGUAAACAUCUAUUUACAAAAGGUUUUUUACCUUGUUAUGAAAAUUGGACUGUACAUGGGGAGCCUUAUGUCGCAGAACCAAUAUUGGCUGGACCUUCAUCGAUUGGAAUGAGUCAUGUUGUGAAUGAUAUUUGUCUAGAGAAUCCAUAUAGGAAUCUGGUUAUGGAUGCAGUGGGGGUUGGUGAUGCAUUCUACAAUGAUAAUGUGUCUAGUCCUGUGGUAGCAGGGAAAAUUCCAAAUCCGGAGGCAACUAAAUUUUUUAAGCUUUUGAAAGCUGCGGAGGAGCCAUUGUGGGAUGGGUGUACCAAGCAAUCCAAAUUAUCUGCUUGUGUACAAUUGCUUAAUAUGAAGUCAACUUUAAAUUUGACUCAGAAUGCCUUCAACAAUUUUAUUGACUUUACAAAAAGUUUCAUGCCUAAUGAUGAAAAUUUGGUUUCAAAUUUUUAUCAUGCCAAGAAAUUUAUGCGGCCACUUGGACUUGGUUAUGAGAAAUAUGAUAAUCCAACUAGUAAAGGUUCCAAUAAGGUAGAGAAGCAACUCCGAUACUUUCCCUUGACACCAAGGCUUCAGAGACUAUUUAUGUCUCCAUAUCAUGCCAAAGAUAUGACAUGGCAUCAUUUUCAUAAUUCUGAUAAUGGGGUUAUGGUACACCCAUCUGAUGGGGAGGCAUGGAAGGAGUUUAAUCGUGUCCACUUAAGCUUUGCAUCAGAUCCGAGAAAUAUUCGGUUAGGGUUGUGCACUGAUGGGUUUUGUCCAUUUGACAUGUCUUCAAAUGCAUACUCUUGUUGGCCAGUAAUUGUGACUGUUUAUAAUUUGCCUCCGUGGAAGUGCAUGACUAGACCAUUCAUGUUUUUGACAAUGAUGAUUCCUAGGCCAAAGAAUCCGAGUAAAAAGCUUGAUGUUUUCCUAAUUCCUUUGAUUGAUGAGUUAAAGAAUUUGUGGUCUGUUGGUGUUGAAACAUAUGAUGUAUACAGAAAGGAAACUUUUCAAUUAACGGCAGUUUUAAUGUGGACCAUUAGUGACUUUCCAGCAUAUGGCAUGUUAUCGGGGUGGAGUACUCAUGGAAAGUUGUCUUGUUGUUAUUGUAUAUAG